UUCCGCCGCCGAGGCUCCGGGCCGGUCCCCGCCCGCCGGUCGCCCGCUCCCCCCCGCGGGGCUAUGAGGCCGUAGGGCCCGCGGCCCGGAGCAGCCUUCCGCCGUCAGCAUGUUCGGCCGCUCCCGCAGCUGGGUGGGCGGCGGGCACGGGAAGGCCUCCCGCAGCAUCCACUCCUUGGACCAUCUCAAGUACAUGUAUCAUAUUUUGAGUAAAAACACGAUUGUAACGGAUCACAACCGCAACCUGCUGGUGGAGACCAUUCGUUCCAUAACAGAGAUCCUGAUCUGGGGGGAUCAGAAUGACAGCUCAGUGUUUGACUUUUUCUUGGAGAAGAAUAUGUUUGAGUUCUUCCUGAACAUCUUGCGUCAAAAGUCAGGUCGUUAUGUGUGUGUGCAGCUGCUGCAGACUCUGAACAUCCUUUUUGAGAACAUCAGCCAUGAAACAUCCCUGUACUACCUGCUCUCUAAUAACCAUGUGAAUUCUAUUAUUGUCCACAAAUUUGACUUUUCUGAUGAGGAGAUCAUGGCAUAUUACAUAUCGUUUUUGAAAACUCUUUCCCUGAAACUCAAUAAUCAUACUGUACAUUUCUUUUAUAAUGAGCACACUAAUGAUUUUGCUUUGUACACUGAAGCCAUUAAAUUUUUUAACCACCCCGAAAGCAUGGUCAGGAUUGCUGUUAGGACUAUAACCUUAAAUGUCUACAAAGUGUCAUUGGACAACCAGCCUAUGCUGCAUUACAUUCGAGAUAAAACUGCAGUUCCUUAUUUCUCCAACCUCGUCUGGUUUAUUGGCAGCCACGUGAUAGAGCUGGAUAACUGUGUGCAGACUGAUGAAGAGCACAGAAAUAGGGGCAAACUGAGCGACCUGGUAGCAGAACAUCUUGAUCAUUUGCAUUACCUUAAUGAUAUCCUUAUCAUUAACUGUGAAUUUUUAAAUGAUGUGCUGACAGACCACCUACUUAAUAGGCUCUUUCUUCCCCUCUACGUGUAUUCAUUAGUAAAUCAAGACAAGGGUGGAGAGCGUCCAAAAAUAAGUCUCCAGGUUUCUCUCUAUCUUCUUUCUCAAGUUUUUCUGAUUAUACAUUAUGCUCCUUUGGUGAACUCCUUGGCUGAGGUUAUACUCAAUGGGGACCUCUCAGUGUUUUCUUCUAAGGUUGAGCAAGAUAUACAGAAAAACUCAGCAAAGUCAAGUAUCAGAUGUUUCAUAAAACCCACAGAAACACUUGAGAGGUCUCUGGAAAUUAACAAACAGAAAGGGAAGAAGAGGGUGCAGAAAAGACCCAACUAUAAAAAUGUUGGUGAAGAAGAUGAAGAGGAGAGAGGAUCUGAAGAUAACCAAGAUGACCUUGAUAAAAGUAGAGGUACAGAAACAAGUUCAAAGGGUGUAAGAACAAGCACUGAAAAUGAAGAAAUAGAGAUGGUAAUCAUGGAGAGGUGUAAGCUGUCAGAGCUGUCGAUCUCUGCUGUGACAGAACAGAAUACAACAGAUGAAGAAAAGAGUGCAGCUGCUUCUGGGAGUGACAUGACAAACUGGAACAGGCCUUUUCUUGAUAUGGUCUAUAAUGCACUGGACUGUCCUGAAGAUGAUUACUAUGCCCUCUUUGUGCUCUGUCUUUUAUAUGCAAUGUCACACAACAAAGGACUUGACUCAGUCAAGUUGGAGAGAAUUCAACUUCCAGCUCAAAAUGCUGAAGAGAGAAAUUCGUACAAUCAUGUCCUUGCAGAAGGGCUUAUCAGGAUAAUGAAUUAUGCUGCACAACCAGAUGGAAAAAUUCGUUUGGCAACUUUAGAACUUGGCUGCCUAUUGCUGAAGCAGCUUGUGUUUUCCAAAAAUGGCAGGAUCAUAAAAAGUGUUCACCUUGAUUGUCUUGAGGGUGCAAGGGAGGAAAGUGUUCAUCUGCUUCGCCGUUUCUAUAAGGGAGAAGAAAUCUUUCUGGAUAUGUUUGAAGAUGAAUACAGGACUAUGACAAUGAAACCUAUGAAUGUAGAAUACUUGAUGAUGGAUGCCUCAAUCUUGCUGCCCCCAACGGGGACUCCUCUGACCGGGAUUGAUUUUGUGAAGAGGUUGCCUUGUGGGGAUGUAGAAAGAACACGAAGAGCAAUCAGAGUUUUCUUUAUGCUCCGUUCACUGUCACUGCACUUGCAAGGUGAGCUGGAAACUCAGCUACCACUCACGAGGGAGGGAGAUCUGAUAAAGGCAGAUGAUGUUCUGGAUUUGAAUAACAGCGAUCUGAUUGCCUGUACAGUCGUAACAAAGGAUGGGGGUCAAGUUCAAAGAUUCCUGGCUGUGGAUAUUUACCAGAUGAGUUUGGUUGAACCAGAUGUUGCCAGACUUGGAUGGGGAGUAGUUAAGUUUGCAGGCCUUCUGCAGGAUAUGCAGGUGACCGGAGUAGAGGAUGACAGCAGAGCCCUGAACAUAAUAAUCCACAAGCCUGCCUCCAGCCCUCACUCGAAGCCCUUCCCCAUCCUGCAGGCCACGUUCAUCUUUGCGGAUCACAUUCGCUGCAUCAUCGCCAAGCAGCGCCUGGCCAAGGGCCGCAUCCAGGCCCGGCGCACCAAAAUGCAGAGAAUAGCAGCUCUCCUGGAUCUUCCUGUUCAGCCUUCAACUGAAGUUAUGGGUUUUGGACACAGCUCUGGAGCUGCAGCCCAGCACCUCCCAUUUAGAUUCUAUGACCAGUCCCGGCGUGGGAGCAGUGACCCAACAGUGCAGCGCUCUGUCUUUGCAUCUGUUGACAAAGUCCCAGGCUUUGCUGUAGCCCAGUGCAUAAAUCAGCACAAUGCAUCCCCACUCUCGUCACCGUCCCCUUCCAGUGGCAGUGGCAGUACAGGGCGCUGUGACUCAGUGACUGCAAGCUCGACAUCCACUCCUUCUGCUGCUCAGAGCCCAGCAGGUCUGGCAGGAAAGGACGCCGGCGGGUGUUUAGUCUGUCGGAGGCUGACAGUCACGGUGGACACUGGGUUUAGGCCUUCCAGCAGCAGCUGCAGCAGAAACUCCCGCAAUACCCACUCAGAUGAUGCUUCAGCUCCAGAGCAGCCUCUGACGGCCAGUUCCGGUCAGACGAUGUUGAGUGAUGAAACUCUUUCAGCUGUUUGCAAGUCCAGCAGAAAUGCUGUAAAACCCAGUGACACAGAAACAGCCAACCUGUCUCCCAGCCUGAUUCCUGCACAGCAGCCCACAAUAUCCUUACUCACAGAUGACAGCACGGACACGCUGAGCGUGGAGUCGCUCACACUGGUGCCACCAGUGGAUCCACACAGCAUCCGAACAUUCAGCUGCAUCCCUCAGGCCUCUUUGCAGCCUCAAGUUGAGGUUGACAAGGUAAAAGAGGUAGAGGAUGAAGGUUCUGACUAAAGCCACCAUGCAGACUGUAAUAAACAGUGAGGGGAGUGCAACCAAAUUGUGAUUUUUUUUCCUCUGGGAGUGCAGAUACUUCUGGAGGCCUGAGAGGCCUCAGGUCCACGUGAAGGGACCAAGUGGUGACAGAGAAUGUCAGCAGUUUUUAGAGCCAACAUCGGAUACUCAGCAUAUCUGAACUGGGGAAGAGAGAAAAAACCAAUCCAGAUUCACAAGUUUGGGGUUUUCCUACCAGUUUCUGUUAUACAAGAACAUGAACGUGUUUCAGAGGACCUGCUGCCUUUCUAAUAGGAACUAAUUAAUUGUAAAAGGUCUACAGUAUUAUGGCAAAGUGAAGAGACUUUUGGAUACCCAGCUUCAUGGUACUGCAUUGUUAUGUCUCUGAAAUGGGAGACAUGCCAUUGACCAGAAAAAAAAUUAUAUAUUAUAGGACAGAGGUAAAACUUCCAUUUGAGUCAGGAUGUGGUUUUUCAGUUUGGUGUUUGGUUUGGGGUCUUAUUUGUGGAAGAGGGGUUUUGGGGUUUUAUUUGGUUUUUUUUUGGUUGGUUGGUUUUUUUUUUAAUCCUAAUCUUGUUCAUCUUUUGGAGGUCUGCACAAUACCAGCAGGCUUGGCCACAUUCAGUAUUGUCUUUGUAGGACUCCAGACUUAAAUAUUAUGUUUUCCAUAUGUAAUAUUUAUUUCAAGAUUUGAUUCAAAGUUAAAACACAAUGCUCGUUCAAAUUAACAUAAGGGAUUUUUGAGACUACUUUAGUCUUUGUUUAGCUGCCUAGAAAGGAAUGUAAAAUGUUUUAAAAGAUUGCUAUAGCUUGUUUGUUCACUUCUGACAGUCAAAUUGCUACACAUCUGAGGAGUGGUGAUAUCCCUGCAACUAAAAGACAACUUCAAGAAGCAGACAGAAGCAGUUUUACUCUAAAGAGGUUUUUCACAUUUUUCAUAGUCAUGUAGGAAGAAGGUCACCAUAUCUAACUGAUAAUUCCUUUGCAAGUCUGAUCUCAAAAGGUAUUGUUUAUUUUUUUUUUCCUGUCUGGGAUAGUAUCUCAGUUAAACAACAUUAAACAUACAUAAAAGUGAUUCUGAGUUAACAUUACUUCCUAGAUCCUGACACCAAGCUGACAGAAAAGGGAAAGAUGUUUCUUAAAGUUUGGAAUGUUUUUUGCUGAUUUGAUACAUAGUUUAACACGAAAGGAAUUUAAGAUUUUUCAUCAAUUUCCAAGUAAGUUCAUUUAAGUUAAUAGUAAAUUGAGUAGCUUGUCAUUGCUGUUCUGUUCUUAACACUGAGUUGGCAAUUCCUCAGAGGAGGGCUGCUGUUUACUUGGUGUUGAUUUCAGUCACCACUGCACUCUACUGGCAUUGAGUUCUUACCAAAUGGGUGAAUCUGCAAAGUUUUUACCCACUUCCCAGUUGCUUAUUGUACCUUUUCCUGGCUGUCAUAUAUAUAUAUGUGUAUAUACAUAUAGGUAUAUAUAUGAGAUUGACUAAUUCACAGGUACCACUUUUCUCACUUUUUCUGUCUUCUCCUUCACAUAAUAAUUGAAUCUUUGCCAACUGGGUAUAUGAGGUGUCUGCUACUGAAUGCCAGUAAUUUUUCCCCCUAUUAACUUUUUCAUGCAGUUUUGAUUUCUGUGACUUCUACUUUAUCUCAAAUUGAAUUAACGGAUACUCUGCCCCUUGCAGAGUGGUCCAAACUCUAAAUGAACUCACAGUUAGGUGUCCUCAGCACUGCAGUGGAUUUUGUGUGAAAAUCUGGCAUAACUGGAAUAAGAACCCACUUUUUGGGUUUUUUGUCUCAUGCUUAGGAUAAAUUUGCACUCGUGCAGUCACUGUUGCAGCUAAUGUGCAUGUACCUGAACAAGCCUAGGCACAUCAGUAGCAAUCUGGGCACAAGAACCACAUGAAUUUUUAUUAGCUGAACUGAUUGCAGUCUAGACUUUCUCUAAAAUGGUGCAGCAUUACACUGUAGUCUCAGUAACAUUCUGAAGACCAUUAUAAAAAAUGCCUCACUUAAUUAGAAAGCAUUUUAUGUUAGUUAUUAACCUUAGAUUCUUGACCUAGAUUACAGAAAAUAUGACCGUGCAGGCUGAGUUCCCUUAAAUAGAAGUAAUUUUAGACUGGGAAACCCUGAUCUUAAUUUAUCUUAUUUCAAAUUCAGUUUUAGCAAGAUUAGGCCCAUGCACAAGGAGUCUCUUCAAUGCAUAUGAAUAAUCUCACCCCUGAACUGUGCUGCACAGGAAAUGGGGCAAAGGGAAAGAAAGUUGACUUUGUGCUUUUUAUUACCUUUGAGUGGCUUUUAAAUCUCAUGGUCACUUGUCUAGUGAGAGCUUCACAGGAAAUUACUUAGAUACUGUUAUUAGGAAAAUAGAAGAAUAGGUCUGCUGUUAAUUUGUGAUUACUUCAAGCAAUCCAGGAAUUCAGUAAUUGCCCUGGAACUGAGUGUCAUUUCACUAGCAGUAAAAUAAACUUCAUGCUUGAAGACAUAGGUAAGCUAUCAGACAAGCAGGUUAAACUGAGUGUGUAAGGAUGAAGCCACCUCCUAAGAGUAUAAAUUUCCCUGCUGUGCUGUCAGUCACUCUGGGGUGCUGCUGUCAGUCACUCUGGGGUGCUGCUGUCAGUCCUGCAGGAGACAGGGAGCUGCAGAACAGCCUCAGGAGCAGGGGCACUCACCACCAGGGAACAGUGGUGAGAAAACCCACACCAAGCUAAACAUUCUGCCCUUGUCUGCACUAACCAGCUGAAGUGAAACUUGUUUUUAUAAGAGCAUUGCCCAGGCAGGCAGCUGCUGUCUGGGAAAAGAAAUGGUUUACUCCUGUAGUUGGAUCAGAGAUCUGCAGGGAGAUCAAGGCCUUUUGCCUCCAAGGUAAUUGGUCUUCUUCUUUCAGACAGCCUGAUGUAGCCAUCUAAAUAUAUGUUGAAAAUUCCCUUCUUAACUGCUACUGUCCUUCUUGAAAGGGUUUUUUGGUGUGUCCCUGGUUUACCACCACUGACCUACCUUAGGAUAUCACUCACCUGGGCACUGCUCUUCUAUUAUCUAGCAAUCUUUGGAGAAGUUCUCCUGUGCUUGCCUGCUGUGUUUCUCUUGACCUUUCCCAGCAUUUGCAGCAUGAAUUAGAAACAAAUAGAAUAACUCUUCCCAUCUCCUAUUGGAUUCUGAAAAGCAGAGGGUGAUCCAAGCAGGGCUUGCUAGGGUGGGAUGUUUUUAGGGGUUGGGAGGGGAGUAGUUCUUGGGGGUUUUUCUGCUGCUCAAUACUUGAGCAGCAACAAAGACAUAGGAGAUGCAGUUCUUGACUGAGUCUCAAACAGAGGGUUCUUUCAUAUGGAAGCAUAUUUUUAUAUUACAUUUGUACAGAAUUUUCCCUAUUUUGAUCUCCCAGCAUUUUUAGAUUUGCACGUUGCUCAGUUUCGAUUUCUUUUGCAAGGUGUUAUAAAAAUAUAUAUUUUGUGUUUGUUAAUGUAUUAUAAAUGUAAAGCUAAAUUUUGGUUGUCUAAUAAAUGUGCACUGUGGUGGUAUCUGGUUUAUUGUUUUGUUGACUUGAAUUGAUUGGUUCUUAAUAUGAAAAGGAAAAACUUGUCAUUGUUGGGGCUGUCUUGUUAGCAUAAAUAAAUGUGUGGAGUGCAUUUAUUUUAAAAGUAACUAAAAAUGGCUUAAGCAGGUAAUGACUAAGAAUACUUGAUACAAAAGUUAAGGUCCAGACUAGUUCACAGGAUUCUUUUAAGAUCAUAAUCUGAAGAUUCAGGAGAUUUUUUUUUAUCUUGUUUCCCAUUACUUUUGGUUAUGGAUACUCAUACUAAAGUGAGUUUAAGACACAGUAAUUGCAAUCUUGAUAGUAUUUAUGAGAUCUGAGGGUUAGUGUUUGGCUGCAUUUAAGGACUAACUGUGGCAAAAGUAUUUACAAUGAACAUGAAGAUAAUUUUUUUAAAGAUUGAGAAUACAUUUAAGUGUGCAAAUUUAUAGACUAUUACAAUGUUUAGGAGCUUUGUUUUGCCCAGGGACAGCACUAACUAUACAUUGUCACAAUUUCAGGAAACCCUCUGGAAGCAUUACAAACUUUAGACAGUAAUUUUAGGCAUCUCCACUUGUAAAUAGCUGUGUUGUUAUUUUUGUUGCAAACUUUUUCCUUCAUUUUUAGCUGCUUUGUAAGUUUCAUUGUUUUCAGUGCAAAGAGGUAGAAAUGUAUUUUUCUAGAAGAAUGAAUGUACCUGGGAUUUAAGCACUACAAAAAGCAUUUAAUGAACACGGACUGUCCUCCUAUGAAAUAUAUUUCAGUAAAGUUGUCUGAAAUGUAGUUCAUUUGAGGAAAAAAGUCCUGAACAUGUGCAUACAUUUACAUGGAAAAAAAGCCCAAACAUGGUGUGAAUUGAAUUCUGAAAUGUCUUUCUACAGGCAAUAAGUAUUAAUUAUUUAAUGUAAGUUAUGUUAGACACUUGGAGUUAUGUGAUAUCUUACGUUAAUUUAAAGAACAAUGUAACUAAGCAUCUGGGAAGGGAGUGGAAUUAGAAAAUAUUGGUGUAUGUUUCUGAAAUCCAGACUUCUGAGUCUGUAUUUGCUGGCAUUGAGAAUUUGUUGUGGCUAUUGACAACCUGGACAAGAACAAGGAACAGACCUUUCUUUGUAAAUGGAACUUGGCAAUAAAAAUGGUGUU